GAAAUCUCAAUACAUCUCACCAAAAACAAAACCACCCCCUCUUAAAAAAACAUCUAACUUCUUUUUGAAAAUCAAAUCAGCCGUGAAAAACAUGGCAGAGACGACAGUAACAGUGGCACCGAUGGGAGUUGAGAUGAAGAAAACAGAGAUGUCUAGUUUGGUGGGGAAGCUUGAGACAGACGUGGAGAUCAAAGCUUCGGCUGGACAGUUCCAUCACAUGUUCGCGGGGAAACCACAUCAUGUGUCCAAAGCAUCUCCCAGAAACAUUCAGGGCUGUGACUUGCAUGAAGGCGAUUGGGGCAAAGUAGGCUCUAUCGUCUACUGGAACUACGUUCAUGAUGGGGAGGCAAAGGUAGCAAAGGAGAGGAUCGAGGCGGUGGAGCCAGAGAAGAACUUAAUCACCUUUAGGGUUAUAGAAGGUGAACUGAUGAAAGAGUACAAAAGCUUCUUGCUCACAAUCCAGGUGACCCCAAAGCAAGGAGGACCAGGGAGUAUUGUGCACUGGCACCUUGAGUAUGAGAAAAUUAGCAACGAGGUGGCUCAUCCCGAGACUCUCCUGCAGUUCUGUGUUGAAGUCUCCAAAGAGAUCGACGAACAUCUCUUGGCCGAGGAAGAAGAGGUGAAGGAAGAAGAGGUGAAGCAAACAGAUACGUCUAGUUUGGUGGGGAAGCUUGAGACAGACGUGGAGAUCAAAGCUUCGGCUGAGAAGUUCCAUCACAUGUUCACUGGGAAACCACAUCAUGUCUCCAAAGCAUCUCCAGGCAACAUUCAGGGAUGUGACCUUCAUGAAGGCGAUUGGGGCACAGUGGGAUCUAUCAUCUUCUGGAAUUACGUUCAUGAUGGGGAGGCAAAGGUUGCGAAGGAGAGGAUCGAGGCGGUAGAGCCAGAGAAGAACUUGAUCACGUUUAGGGUUAUAGAUGGUGAUCUGAUGAAAGAAUACAAAAGCUUCUUGCUCACGAUUCAGGUGACCCCUAAACAGGGAGGGCCAGGGAGUAUUGUGCACUGGCACCUUGAGUACGAGAAAAUUAAUGAGGAAGUUGCUCAUCCCGAAACUCUGCUUCAGUUCUGUGUCGAAGUCUCCAAAGAGAUCGACGAACAUCUCUUGGCCGAGGAAUAGAGGAGAGUACUCCUCCAUAUAUGUGUGCCUUAAGUUUAAUAUAUGAAUGAAAAUGCAAUAAAUAAGGACAAAUGAGCUACAUAUGUCCGAGUUUGUGAGAUAUGCAAUUAAGUUUGAGUGUGCAUGAAUGCUAUGCAAUCCUUUUAUGUUAAAAUUGUAACUAUCAGAAGCGACGUUUAGCAGCUUGAUCGAUGAGGCUUAUAUAGCCGAUCCCAAAAAUAUAUAAGUAUGUUAUGUUUGCUAAUGUAAUAUAUGUUUGGAUAAACGAAGCCUUAAUUAUGUUUA